AUGGAAGGCGCCGUCGGCUGGGAAAACGGCUUCCUCAACCGCCCAAACAGCACUCACAAACUGAACCCCACUGACGUACCAGCGGUCUGCAAUAACCAGGUGGAUAUCGCCACCCAGCCCGAGAAUAUGAAUUUCACUUCACUGGCGCUGUACCACAUCAACAUUGGGAACUGCAACAUGACCGACGUCCUGCAGUCCUGCUGCAAGCAGCCCGUGAAGCUACUCCAUGAACCGACGCCCUGCCAGGCAGAAUGUAAUUGCACUUCAAUCGACGGGGUGAUGAGGUCGAGGAUGUGUUUGAAGAAGGCGGGGGUGCCGUUUGUUUGGGCGAAUAAUUAUACUUCGGAGCAUGAUGAUGCUGCUGUAGUGCAUGUGCCGCAAUAUAAAUCUGUUUUUGGGGUGUUGGUUAUUAGUGUUCUUGUGCUUUCGAGUAUGUUUUUCUAA